AUGUACGUACCGCGCUUGAUUCGUAGCAAGAUCCGUUGUUUUAACUUCCGCUGGGCGUCCAGGUAUCGAUAUGACGCGGAUCGGCGGUCGAGAUCUCCUCGAGAUCGCUCCCCGGACCGCUUUGAUCGGGCAUCGCACUACGGCGAUACUGAUAGACGCCGCUCGUCUGCAGAAGCCAGAACAAACUCAGCGCCAUUUCCUCCGGGUAGAGACGUAUUCGCUGAGCAACUGCGGCGAGAGCCUCCGCGCGGCCCCAAGGCGCUGAUAGACCCCCCCGCCGGACCCAGGGGAGGAGGGUUUGUUGGCGAGUUUAGAGGUGGAAGGGGGCGAGGGCGAGGCGGGCGAGGAUGGCCUGGAAGAGACGACAGCCGUGAUAGAGGAAGGGAUAGAGACCUCGACUUUCGAGACCGAUACCGAGAGGAGAGAAGCCGGGAGCGGGAGCGAGAGCGAGAGCGGGACUGGCGAGAGCAAAGAGACUUUAGGCUGCGCAGAUCCCCAAUUGGACGAGCACGAUCGCCGACGCGAGAUUUUCGUGAUCGGGAUAUUCCCCCGGGGCUAGACGCAGACAGGUCUCGUCGUGGUUCUCGUGAUGGCGGCCCUCCAUCAGCUGGUUCUUCAUCGUCGGAGCCUGUGUUCAACGCGCCGCCCUUUUCUCGAGGUGGAAGCUUUCGCGGACGGGGAAGCCGUGGCAGAGGCGACUGGUCUAUGGAACGAGGACGAGGACGAGUCCCGUAUGGCGACCGCGACGACCGCUACCAGCGCAGUCGCUCUCAGGAAGGCCGCUGGGCGCGUGAGCGCGACGAGCGUGAGCGUCCUGACAGAUACCCAGAAGCUCGUGACCCACGCGAUGAAAGGGAUCGAGGAGAAAAUCGUGAGCUCUUCCGUGCCAAAGUGGAAGCGCGAGCGGCUCAGGAAUCCGCUGCGCAAGUCAAAGAUGUUUCACCCCCUCCUGUAGCGCCGUCGGCCCCGGCAUUUGGAUCUGUGCCAACCCGGGCUCCGAGUACUGGCGAUGCGCAGCCUGCCCCGGCGGUGGCCCCAGCCAAGCCGCCACCAACUGCUCCACGGGCUUUUGGAGAGCGUCCCGUUUCUGCAGGACAAGCUUCUGGAACUCCCGAGACUCCUCAGCCACCUACUGGACCCUCCAAAGUUUUACCACACGACAGUCCUCCUAUCCCUCUUGGGCCCAGACUACAACAAGCCAAGCCCCCUCGCCCAUCGAGCAAGCAAUGGAUCAACCCGAGCUUAAAGAAACAACCACCAGAGUCGCCCAAGGUAAUGAGGUCGCAAAGCUUUGUCCAUCAACGGCCGAUCCCGGUUCAACCUCCCCUGCAACGGGGCAUCUCCCAAGCUGAGCCAUCUGACCCAAGACGACCGCGUAGUAGCGAUGAAAAGUCAGAGCCUUACUUGGGGGUAGAGAAUAGGAUGCGAGCUCAUCAUAGUGAGGAGCCGGGAGAGAUAACUACACGAACCGAAAUCCAAAAGCCACUGGAGAAAGAAGUGGCUGAUUACGAGCCGCCAGAGACAAUGGAUCACGAUGCAAAGCUUCCAGAAUCCCCGCAGAACUCUGUUGGGCAACCUUCUACUUCUCCGAAGCUAGACUCACUUCCUAAGCCGCAAGAAAACGGAACGACUGAGGAGACGAAAGGCCCUACUGAAGCAGCACCUACGAAACCAAACCACAGACCGCUCAGGGUGCGUGCCGUUCGAUUUGCUUUACCUCCGAAGAAAACUCAACCGGAAGAACUCUCCGAAUCCGACGACGAAGAUAUGGGCGAUUAUUUCGACAUGGAAAUCAACAAGACUGAAGCCGAAUUGAGCAGGCUGCAAAAAUCAAAGGUGCCACUGGAAAUAAUUAAGCGUUACAUGGCUAUAUCGCAUGGGUCAAUGGUGCAAAUACUGAAUGAGGGAGAAGGGCUUUCAGAGAUGUUGGGCGACAUUCCAACGAGCCCCGAGCCUGUGAUUGAAACAAUGGAGGUGGAGCCUGCUCCUAUACAAAACGAAGAGCCCCCUGAGACCGGGGAAGCCGAUCAUGUCAAGGCGCCUGCCAGUGAUCAACUUGUGCCAACCCCGGCCGAAGAGGAGAAGGAAAAGGCUGAAGAGACUGUCUCGCAAGAGCAAGAAGACCGUCAACCCAAAGCGGAAGAAAUGGACAUCGAUGACGAACCUAAGCUUCUACCCCCUGAGCCUGAUAAUGAACCAGAACCGAUGAUCGAAACCACGAUAGACGGCCCUACCGAAGACGAUAAAGAAGCUGAAAUUGCUCCGGUCGUCGAAGACAUCUUGGCACCUAUUGAUGACACUACUGCCUCCCCGAAACCCGCCGAAAUCGAAACCAAGCCUCCAAGCACUCCAUCCCAAGUAGCAGAUGAAGAUGAUGAGACCGAAACCGAAGACGAGGCGUACAUGGAGGCACAGGCUGCCGCUGCCGCUGCCACGGUCCGUCGUUAUAUGUCGACACCGCCUAUAGACAGUCUUCCGCAUGAAUACAGCGAUCAUCCACUCUGGUACCAAGAUAGAGAGUUCUUGGCAACGUUAGACUCGGAUCCAGUUGUUGAUAAUUUCGUUGCCAUGUAUCUUGAGAAGGUGCAUCUGGAUAGAUCGACCGAACAACGGCGCGCACAGGACGAGUAUGCUGAUAAUUACAUGCAAUACCUGGAGUACACCAUGUCGGACGACCCCGUGGCUACAAAGAGUAGAGACAAGUUUUCAGUCUCGGCUCCCUCAGAUACUACAGGCACCCCGACGCCCGAACAGAAACCGGAAGGCAGGGGAACAGGUAGAAGAUUUGCCACGGAGCGUGAUCUCGAACGCGUGCUUCAAGCCUCUAUGCGGGAAGAUGAAGAAAGGAAAGAACGUGAAUUGCGAAUCCAGCAGGAGAAGUAUCGCAGUGAUAAGGAAGCUGUUAUUCCGGACAUGUACUGGGACGAUUUGGAAAAGCAGCGAGUUCAGUACAUUGAUCGCUCGGGAUAUACUCCUACAGAAAAGCUUGUUUCUGCAUGGCAUGUUUUUCAACCCGUCAAUAACUUCACGGAAGAGGAAGCUCAGCUCUUCGAGAAGCGCUACCUGGAAUGUCCCAAGCAAUGGGGUAAGAUCGCUGAGGCUCUUCCAAAUCGUGACUUCCGCGCCUGUAUUCAGUAUUACUAUCUGAUGAAGGGAGAGCUCAACCUCAAAGAGAAGUUAAAGAAGCAGCCAAAGAGGCGGAAGAAGGGUGGUCGGGGCAAACAGAGAUCCAGCGCCUUGGUCUCGGAGCUCGGUAACGGCGAGCCCGAAGGAGAGGAGACGCCUCAGGAGAACGGCGAGAAUGGUGAAAGGCGAAGGCCACGACGAGCUGCUGCUCCUACAUGGAACUUUGAACAGCCUCAGACGGACGGCGAAAGCACCCCUGCUGCCACCCCUGGGCGCCGCGGAGCAUCUGCUGCUUCUAGGGGUGAUCAACCCGAAAAGGUUGAUGGAAGGAAGGGAAGACGAAAGGCCAAGGACAAGGACAAAGACAAGGAAAAGGAAAAGGACAAAGAGGUCAAGGCGUCUAAGCCAAACCAAACCCUCGCAGCCGCUCCCGGACCUGCAGCAGGGAAAGGAAGAGGCCGAGCCGAUUCUCGCCCGGUGGCUGCGGAAUACCUGCCGGGCCCUCCUCCGUCCGACCCUCAUCGUUUGCCGGUGCAGUACGAACAGCCCUUGCAAGCGGGUAUCCAGCCGCCGUUUGCCGUGCCACAGCCACAGCUUAUUGAGAGGCCAAAGCCUGUAGCCGUCCCUGGAUCCAUCACAGAAGUUAUGGCAGCGCCUUCACUUCGACCAGAGCCACCCCCACCUCCGUCAUCCUCUAUAACUACCUUUAACUUGACACAGACCAUUCCUGAACGGAAGCAAUUAUCUCAGGCAUCGAGCUAUUGGAGCGUGUCUGAAGCUAAUGACUUCCCACACCUGCUAAGAGCAUUCGGUACUGAUUGGUCAGCAAUUGCGAAAUACAUGGGAUCAAAAACAACUGUCAUGGUGAAGAACUAUUACGUUCGACAGAAGGAUUCAGGGAAACCAGAGUGGGAGGCAAUUGCUCAAGAGGCUGAUGCGAAGCGGGCGAGAGGAGAGAAAAGACCUGAUCCUCCCGUACCCACUACGGGUGGCCGUGGUAGGAGAUUUGAGGGCACGGCAUCUGGCACCUCGAGACCUAUUGCGGUGGCUCCAGGAGCUGCCGACGCUCAUGUCGAUCUUCCACAGCCCAAGGUUGAGCCCGCGCCUCCUCAACCAUUGAGGCAAACGCAGCAUAUACCUAGCUACGGUGUGCCGAUUGCCCAGGCUCCGGUCCAAGCUCCUCUAGCACAGCCUACCCAGGCACCUCUUGCUGUACCGGCUCAUUCAGUACCCCAGGCAACGCAGCAAGCCAUAUCCCCCAAUACGCGCUCCUUGCACCAACCGUUACCACCUUUUGGCUUUCCAGAACGCGAGCAGCGCGAGCCUUCUCAACCCCAGCGAGUGCCGCUGCCACAGAAGCCUUCUGCUAGCCAGGUUCCAGAACUCCGAGACCCGCGGCCCUUGUCGGUGGCACAACCUCUGCAGCCAGCACACGCCGAGGUCCUUGCUGAGCGUGAACGCACUGCUCAGCUAGAACGGAUAAACAUGGAGAAGCGAUACAGGGAGCAGCAGCAAAGAGAACAACAGCACCGGGAGCAGCAACACAGGGAGCAGCAACAUAGGGAGCAACAACACAGAGAGCAACAGCAGCAGCAACAACAGCAGCAGCAGCAGCAGCAGCAGCUCAUGCGAGAAAGAGAAAUGGAAAUAGAGCGUGAGCGUGAGCGUGAGCGCGAGAGGGAGAGGGAGAGGGAACUCCGACAAGCAGAGCAGCAAUCGAUGAGAAUGAAGCAGGAAUCUGAAGCUCCACUCAACCGUUACGAACCGUAUGGCGGCCAUCGGCAGCAGCUCAGCCACGGCGGAGGCCCUCGUGAACCAUUCUCACUCACGAGACCGACGUCCCAAGAACCCUCUCGCUCUGUCGCUCCUCAACCAUAUCCCACGACGGUUCCGCAGCAGCAGCCAAUGCGGUCAUUGCUUUCUGACCCCGUAGCGGUACAGUCGCCUCCGCUGGCGCCUCCGUCCUCUAGACCGGCCCAGGUUCCUCCUCCACAAAGGAUCUCAUCAGGCCCUCCACAUGAGCCCUACGGUGCAGUUGCCCCUCCUCCUCAGCACACUUCUUCAAUGCCGGCCCUUACACCUGCUCGGCCGCCUGAGCCCCGAAAGUCAAACAUCAUGUCGCUUUUGAACGAUGAUCCUCCACCCCCUAAGCGUGUCGCUGAGGUUACGCAAAGUCACACGCCUGGGCCGUCUUCAACACCACCUUCCCAGGGCAUCGGUCGGCCUCCACCACCCCCGGCGGCGACUACACAGGCUCCUCCGAUUCGCCGGGAAACAGAGUCUCACUAUUCUCCUUAUGGACGAGCGCCAUCUAGUGGAGCAUCAGCCAUGCCUUCUCUAAAGCCUCCUUAUUCCGCCUCACCUGCUUCCUCACAACAUAUUAGUGGACACCGGAGCAUGCCAUCUGAUUCCGCGGUGGAGGUUGAUUAUUAUGGACGCCAUGCAUACCCACAGAGCCAUCCAGCAAGUGGAACAAACUCUCCCCAGACAUCACAGCGCUACCCUCCACCUCCGCAGUCAAGCCAGCCCCAGUAUCAGUCACAGACAGGCUAUCCCACAUCCUAUGGAGGAGGUCCUCAGUCAGCACAUAUUACCUCGCCGCCAACACAGCAAUACGCAACUCACUCCUCGUCAAGGAGCCGUGAGAUUCCGCCAAGUAGCCGCGAUAACGUAUGGCCAUCGUCUGGACACCAAGCUCAGCCGUCUGAUAUUCGAUCACAAGGCAACAGCUGGCCAUCUCAGCCUCCCAAAGCAACACAGGCCCCUCCUCCGCACUCCCAACCGGCUUGGGGAUCCCAGCAUCCUUCGACAAAACCAGGGACUCCAGCACCGGCAUGGCCAGCAGCAGCGCCGCCUCCCCAGCAACAUUUGCCUCUGAGAGAUGAUCGGCCGCCUUCAAUAUAUGGACAGGGCGCCUCGAGUUUGUCGCAGCAGCACUCAUUACAGUCUCGCUACCCGCAGACAACACGAGCACCGGAACCUAUGUCUUCUGGUGCUCCGCCGUACCCGCGUUAUUCGUCAACUCCGGGCCCGGCGCCGCCGCGAGAUCCUCGAGACCCUCGAGACCCACGAGACCCACGAGAUGUUCCAUCAAGCCGAAGCUAUACCCCAAGUGUUUAUGACAGUCGCGGGCCGCCGCCUGCUCAGCCGCAAGUACAUGGCUACCCAGCACCGGACCCAAGAGAGAUGCAACUACGGGAUUCGAGAGACCCGAGAGAUCAAAGAGAUCCACGAGAUCGGGACCCAAGAGACCUACGAGACCCCAGAGAUCCCAGAGACCCCAGAGACCCUAGAGACCCGCGUGACAUAAUGAACCGGGGUAGCCUUCGACCUCACGAGUAUGACCGACACCCAGAUAGGUUCGGACGCUAA